CACGGGAACAAAGUGUAAAGGAAAAGUUUAGGAAGGGGGCAAAUAAGUAACUCUGUCCUUUCUUUGAUCUGCCCAAGAAUCUAGCCAUCCUGCAAGAACAACAAGAAUCACUAUUUGUUUGUAUAUAUCAGAGAGAGAAAGAGAGAGAGAGAGAGAGAGAUGGCUGGUUAUAGAGGUGAAGAAGAGUACGAUUACUUAUUCAAGCUGGUAUUGAUAGGUGAUUCUGGUGUGGGUAAAUCAAAUCUCCUUUCCCGCUUCACUAGAAACGAGUUUAAUCUUGAAUCUAAGUCCACUAUUGGUGUUGAAUUCGCUACCAAGACUCUUAAUGUCGAUUCCAAAGUGAUCAAAGCUCAAAUCUGGGAUACUGCUGGCCAAGAAAGAUACCGUGCCAUUACCAGUGCUUAUUAUCGUGGAGCUGUGGGUGCUCUGCUUGUGUAUGAUAUCACUCGAAAUAUCACUUUUGAAAAUAUUGAGAGGUGGUUGAAAGAGUUGAGAGACCACACGGAUCCCAACAUUGUAGUAAUGCUGAUUGGAAAUAAAUCAGACCUUCAGCACCUCGCAGCUGUUUCAACUGAGGAUGCAAAAGCAUUUGCGGAGAGGGAAUCUCUUUACUUCAUGGAGACUUCUGCGCUAGAGGCAACUAAUGUUGAAAACGCCUUUAAGGAAGUUCUUUCGCAGAUAUAUCACAUAGUCAGCAAGAAGGCAGUUGAAACUGGGAAUGAAGCUGCUUCCCUUCCAUCGAAGGGAGAGACAAUCAAUGUGAAAGAUGAUUCAUCCGCUCCCAAGAAAUCUGGUUGCUGUUCAAGCUAGAUCUUAAUCUAAUAAUUCAUUUGCUACAUCAGGCUUAUAUCUUUGUACAUCAUCUUUUCAUUCAGGGUCUUGGUAUCCAUGAAGAAUGUAGAAAGAGAUAUUUUUGAACCAACGUUGUUUAAAUAGAACAAACCAGGACUCAGUAUUGUUUGUGUGCCUUCAAUAAUAUGAUAUUCCUUUUAUGUA